AUGCAGUUACCAGCACCGGCAGCACCAGAUCACCAGCCUCGGGGCGUGAGGGGCUACACAUUCUCUGAGACUGAGACUAAAAGAACAGUGGGCCCACCAGUAGCUCUUGAACAAUCCUACCAACGUGAAAGAAAGCAAUGGUCUGAUACCAUCGAGAUGGAGUACACUACCCUCGUUAAUUUGCGUGCGGAUAUCGAUGCAAUGUUGGCGGGAUUCAGGCAGAGGUUGGACCUUUCAGAGGAUGCUAAGUUGAGUGUGUGCUUUGGCGCUGUGAGGGAGCUGGUUGGUCCAUACCAGAUCUUGAAUUUGAAUGAGCAGGAAAUGAAAAUUAUGAUCAGUGACGAAGCAAAUCCCAAUGCAGUUGAAGCAGUGAAUAAGUUCAACACAAUGCUUGAGAAAUGCCGCGAGUUCCAGGGAAAUGUGUGCACGUCUAAGCCAGUCAUGGAAGAAAAUCUAAGAGCUCUUGAGAAAGAGAAAAAGCUAACACAAGCAGUUUUGGAUGUAAUUGAGCGGGCCAAGAAGCAGCUAUGCUUAGUUCGAGAGUGGAAUGAACACGUGAAAUGCAUCAUUUCUGAUACCAAAACAUCUUCAAAGAACCUUGCUCCAAAGAAAGCUACUGGACUACGAUGUCGGGCUGAACUUGAGAGUUAG